AUUGUCUCAGUUGGCACUGCUGCAGCAUUCGCCUGCUCAAAGGCAGGCAUGUUAGCAUUUAUAACUACAUACAUAUAUAUGCAUGGAGAAUAAACACAGCGCAGAAGACCCAAGAUAAGAGGAAGCGUAAAUUGUUUAAAGAACAAACAGGCAUACGGAACAAAAACGAUAACAAAAGCUAAGCAAACAAAUAAUAAUAACGCACGGAAUCCGACUCCAACUCCGACUGAAAUAGAAAAUGGGAGCAGGCAGGGAGCAGAAAAGGAAUUGUUAGUUCGGAGCAGACCAAGCGUGAAAUAAUCACAUUAACUAACACACAACCCAAAAGCAGAAGGCGACACUCGACAGUCAACACUUGCCCGGACGACAACAAACAAGCCUACCCGGCUGCGCAGAAGGAAGGACAGACUUCUGGCCAAAGUCUUUGCCCGGAGCCAAGUGCCAGUGUCGCAGGCGACGUUGCUGCAGCAACCAGCUGCUCCCAGGCAGAGGAAGGAGGAUCUGAAGGCAAUGCCAACCCAGCUGUGACACUUUAGACGAUUCCAGUCAAGUGCAAAGAGCAGGGAGCAGGGAGCAGGGCUCAAAUGGAAAUUCAAUGGGCCAUUGGGCAUAAGGUAGUGCAGUAUCGACUGAGCACCGGCCGUACAAAAGUGCUGGAAACCAAAUGUGGCAAGGUGAAGGGCAUGGAGCGCAAGACCUUCUACGAUGGGGAGUCCUACUACUCCUUUGAGGGCAUACCCUUUGGCCAGCCACCGGUUGGCGAGCUACGGUUCCGGGCGCCACAGCCGGCCAAGCCCUGGCAGGGGGUAAGGGACUGCACGCACGCUCGAUCGCAGCCCAUGCAGAAGAACGUUAUAACGAAUAAGGUGGAGGGAUCUGAGGACUGUUUGUUCCUGAACGUGUACGUGAAGCGACUGGAGUCACCGCGUCCACUGCCAGUUAUGGUCUGGAUCUAUGGCGGCGGCUUUCAAAUAGGCGGUGCCAUGCGGGACAUAUACGGGCCGGACUACUUCAUGAAGCACGACGUACUGCUGGUCACCUUUAAUUAUCGCGUGGGUGCGCUUGGCUUCCUGAGCCUAAAAGAACGCGAACUGCAGGUACCUGGCAAUGCCGGCCUCAAGGAUCAGGUACUGGCACUGCGCUGGGUGCGCGAUCACAUAGCCAGCUUCAAUGGCGAUCCGGACAACAUCACGCUGAUGGGCGAAAGUGCUGGCGGCACGUCCGCACACAUCCUUAUGCACACGGAACAGACGCGCGGCCUCUUCCAUCGCGCCAUUGUGCAGUCGGGCUCCGCGCUGUGCGAAUGGGCCAUCCAGCCGGAUAGCGGCUGGGCCCAGCGGCUGGCCAGUCGGUUGGGCUACAAGGGCGAGGCGGACAAUGAGAAGCAGCUGUUGAAAUUUCUGAGCGGGACAUCUGGCAGCCAGCUGGCGCUGCACUGCAAUGCGAUUGUGACCCAGGAGGAGCAUCGAAAUUACGAGAUAAUUGCCUUCGGACCUGUCGUGGAGACAUAUGUGGGCGAGGACUGUGUGGUGCCGCGGCCACAUCUCGAGCAACUGGCCAGCGCCUGGAGCAACGAGCUGCCUCUCAUCAUUGGCGGCACCUCCUUCGAGGGCCUGUUCAGCUACCAGACCACAUUACAGGAUCCGGAGCACAUGCUCAGUGCCUUCGAGGCACUCAUUCCGCGACCCGUGCGCGAGGCCGUCGACGCCAACGAGCUGGCCGAGCAGCUGCGUCGCCUCAAGCUGGCCUACUUCGAUGAUGCGGACCGGACCAAAAUGGAGCUGUUCGAGUGCUUGCGUCUGCUGAGCGUAAAGAAUUUCUGGCAUGGCAUUCAUCGUGCGCUGCUCGCCCGGGCUGCCUAUGCUCCAGCCACGCCCACCUACUUGUAUCGUUUCGACAUGGACUCGCCGCAUUACAAUCACUACCGCGCCCUGAAGUGCGGGCGGCAGGUGCGGGGCGUGUGCCACGCGGACGACCUCUCCUACAUGUUCUACACGCUGCUGUCCGCCAAGCUGGACAGAGCCUCGCCCGAGUAUCGCACCAUAGAGCGACUCAUCGGCAUGUGGACCUCGUUCGCCACGACUGGCAACCCCAAUUGCCCGCAAAUCGAGCCAACCCAGUGGGAGCCCCUGCGACCGGGCGGCUCGGAGCUCUGCCUCAAUAUCAGUGAAGAGUUGGAGUUUAUGCCGCUGCCGGAGAGUAAAGAGUUCGUGGUAUGGGACAGCUUCUAUACAAGAGAGAGUUUGUACUAAAGAUGCUAUUGAAGCUGAUCGAGCUCUUACCUAGCUGUUCAUUUGUGCAUUUAGUGAACUAGUUCCGACCAAACUAGUUCACUUUUAGCUUGCUUUAUGUCUUUGUCGUUAGAGUCUGUACUACUUAUUUAUUAAUCUCGUUACGAUCUGCGAGAUGGCUUUAAAGUAUUUCUGCAAUCAGUAGGUAAAAUAUUCCUAUAAGUAUUAUUCUUCUAUGUUUUCCAUUACUCAU